GUGAGCAGUUCACAUUAGUUAUAGAAUAUAGAAACGAGAAACAACUGAAAAUUUGUUGACGUGCCGCGUAGGAUCAUCGCCGUCGAUGACGCAAGCUAAGCUAGCAACAAACAACGAGGAUCACAUUGGUAAUCAUCGUCAAUGAGCGUCUAAAGGUAAUUAACCGGCUAACCUGAAGGAGGAGAUAAAAUUCAAAUUAAAGACCAUGGAAUCGUUCCUAAGGGCUUCGAAGGCAUGCUUGACAACUUUAAAUGCAUACGAGAAGAUCAUUGUUGUUAUGGGGAAUCCUACGUGCGAUUUAGACUCUGCCGUAUGUGCUUUGGUACAUGGAUUUUUCGUAUAUACGGACCGUGUUCAAGGUCAAAAGAAUGAGAAGAUAGCCGUGAUACCGAUAAUGAAUAUCUCAAAAAAGGAAUUUCGGGUGAAAACAGAGGUAGUUUAUUAUCUAGGAGGCCAUAAUCUCCCGUUAAAUUUGCUGACGUUCCGGGACGAGAUAGAUCUUCGUAAACUGAAUGCAGAGGGUAAACUGGAGUUGAUCCUGGUCGACCAUCACACACUCCCAAAAGAAGAUUUGUCCCUAGCGGAUUCAGUUGUGGAAAUUAUUGAUCACCGACCCCAAGACGUAACCUGGUCCUGGUCCGGCAGAACGAUUAAUUUGCAAACAGUCGGCAGCUGCGCUACCCUCGUCGCGAAGAACAUUCUUGAGAAACGGAGGAUGCUACUCGACUCACAAGUUUCCAAUCUUCUGAGAGGUCCGAUCUUGAUAGACACUUGCAACUUCUCCAAGGAGGCUGACCGGGCCACCCCAAUGGACUUCGACGUGAUUCGACAACUCGAGGAGUUGAAUACACUACAUCCAUCCAGAGAUCAGCUCUACCAGGACAUUCUCAAUGCUAAAACGGACAUCAGCCAGUUAACCCCGGACGACCUCAUAAUCAAAGAUCUCAAAGUCGUCAAUGGAAUACCUAUAGUUGGAUUGCCUAUACUCGUCGAGAAUUUUAUAAAAAUGGAUGGAGCUCACGAGGCUUUGGAUUCAUUUGCAAUGAAAGAAAAUACACCGUUCGCUAUUCUGAUUGGGCUGGAUUUAAAGAACGACGUCGUAACAAGAGACAUAGCCGUCUUCUCAUUGUCGUCCAAUGAGCUGGAAAAUAAAGUGAUCGAGGCGCUGAUGACAUCAACGAAUCCGAAAUUGGAACUGACGGAGACUCAUCGCUUUUCCAAAAGUGGUCGCACCCUCAUCCACUACAAGCAGGGUAACGUGAAAGCAUCCAGGAAACAAAUAUUGCCAAUAAUCCAGAGCGUAUCAAGAGACUGUACCUGUUAGAUACAAAAGCGAAUUGUAUCCCUUUGAGCAGUUGAAUUUCGCUGGCAACCAUCGAAUAAAUGAAUCCUCUGUAACUGGUGCAUGCAGCGUAUGCACUGUAUUCGAAAUAAAUGAUUCAAUUGAA